AUGAGUGAAAAAGCAAAUAUUGUUAUGAGUGACGGACAACUCAUUCAAUUAAUUGAAGCGCUAGGACGAACAUCGCAAAUUAAUACUGAAGAAAGUUUUGAACGUCUUGCACAAUCUUUUGCGUCUUUAUCUACCGCAGACAAUAUGCAGCGAGCAAGUUUUGUAAAAUGUACGGCGAGAUUUAACGGCGUUCGUCAGUACGAACAAGUUGAAGAAUUCAUCAAUACAAUUUCGAUUUUCAAAAAAAUCGAAAAUAUCUCUGACACUGAUGCAUCAGACGGUUUGGGACUGCUUCUAAUGGGACAAGCUUCGAUAUGGUGGCAAGGUGUGAAAACUGAAGCGGACACAUGGGAAACUGCAUUAAAAUUAAUACGGCAAACCUACGCUCCAAAAAGACAACCACAUGAAAUUUAUACCGAAAUAUUUGCAUCCCGAUAA